AUGUUCGUCAGACAGGGGAGUUCGCCAUUGUUCAUACCCAACCAAGUGACAUAUGUGUCCGACAGCCGCCAAGAUUUGGCUCCUCUCCCAGAUACCGAAGCGGUCAGGAAUGGGUGUUGCGCACCACCAGACUUUACCCACCUUCCGACCCGCCGCCCUAGCGAUCCUCCACUUCUCCAAAAGAAGAUCAAAGGCGAGUUUCAGUAUACUUACGACGGAACACUUGGAAACCAAGCCUUCAAUCCUGAAGGGAGCUAUCUGUACUUCUGCACACAGCAGCCGGACGGUGGUCCGGCGCCGGACCCUCGUCGAGAAAGCCGGGAUGACACCGGAGCUCAGGAGCUCUGA